GGCUUUUGAGAAUAAUCUUUUAAUUUUUUGUUUUUCAAAAUACGUAUAGGUAAAGUCGAUUGCUUUCUUUAAAAUGCCAAGUAUUAAUGCCUUUGAUAAUUUUGAUAAAAUGCUGUAGUCGUUACAAUUAAUAAUUGUUUUGUAAAGAAUAAAGUUCUCUGGCUGUUUAACAACGGUCACCUUUGCCAUUACUAAAUUCUUACCCAAAAAUGAAACAACGAAAAAAAGUUACAGAAAAUGGCGGAGCUUCGAAGUUGUAGCGUCCUAUGACUUUUUCAAUUAGAUUUAAGAUUUUUAUGUGCGUGUGAUAUAAAAGUGUAAUUAACACGAUGGAGACUGCAGGGCACAGCAAUAUGUGUCGGUGUUGUGCUUCAGAAGGUGCGUUUAAAGACAUUAAAAGCACAUAUCAUUGGAUGGGAGAAGAGGAGAUUUACGCCGACAUGUUGAAGGAUUGUUUCGACAUAAACCUAAAUGUAUCGGAGCACGGAGAAGAUGGUGGUAUUUGCGAGGUCUGCAUCACGCAGCUGCGCAACGCCAUCAACUUCAAGAAGCAAGUGCAACACACUGAGGAACAAUUUAAGAAACAUUUGCAGAAUAAGGCAUUGUUUAGACCGAAUAUUGUGAAGGUGGAAGUUGGAGGUGAAGAAGACUCGGACGGUGAUAACAUGGGCUCCGGUGAUGAUGCGUUCUCUGGUGCUGAAUUCGAUGUACCAAUAAAAACUGAAGAAGAUGAUCCCAAACCGAAGAAGCGGUCUAAGGCUUCGGCUACAACGACGCGCUCCAAAAAAUCUAAAUCUGAUGAUGGGGAACCGUCAACUAAACGUGGACGACUAAGUACACUUCUGGAACUGGAAAGUAAAAACUACACUGAUGAAACAGGGAAACCAAAUGUAAAACAACGCAAAAAGAUAGGACCAAGGAUAGAACUAGUUGAACAUAGAAAUGCUAUAAGGGAGAUACUCCUCAACUGCAAUGCUACGCCUAUCAGAAAGUUUGCAGGAAUUGGCUAUACCUGCUGUUACUGCAAAGCUCAAUUCCCGAACCCAGCAGAUCUCAAAACACAUACUCUUGACACCCAUAAGGACAUUGAAGAAGCUAAUUUUAUGAAGACCAUGAUCAUGUCUAAUUACGUCGUCAAAUUAGACAUAACAGGACUGAAAUGUAAUGUUUGCAAUAAGGAAAUCAAUACACUGGACGAGUUUGUCGAUCAUUGCCAAAAAAUACACCAGAGUAAUAUCUGCAAAGAUCAUUUAAGUCAUGUUCUUCCAUUCAAAUUCGACAGUGAAGGACUUCGAUGCAUGAUUUGCUUAAAUCCUUUUGAUAGUUUUCGGAAUCUCAUCAAACACAUGCAUGUCCACUACAGGAAUUACAUUUGUCCCAUAUGUGACGCCGGAUUCGUGAACAAAUACGCACUGUUUUAUCAUACAGAAACUCACGAAGGUGCAGCGUUUAUUUGUGAUUACUGCCCCAAAAUUUACACUACACAUCUCAAAAAACGUAUGCACGAGAAAUCAGAACACAGUGAUGAGGACAAACUAAACAAAUGUCCCAUGUGUGAGGAAACUUUUCAAGAUUAUGUCAAGAAGAGAGUUCAUCUUACUUCUGUACACGGGAUCGUGGCUUCAGCGACAGCUUGUCAAGCUUGCGACAAAGUUGUUACUUCGAAGAAGGCUUUGGUCGUUCACAUGAGGAGAGUGCACUUACUGGAGAAGCCGCAUAGAUGUGACAUCUGCGAUAAAAAAUUCUAUUCGACGUCUUGCCUGAAAAAUCAUAUGAUUAAACACACCGGCUCGAAGGAGUUUCAAUGUAACAUCUGCUUGAGGCUGUACGGAAGGAAAAAGUCGUUGAAUGCUCAUUUGAAGACUCACGAUGAAGGGACCCAUGUAAAAUGCGAACACUGUGGACAAAAAUUUAUGCAGAGAUAUUCUUUGAAGUGUCAUAUCAAGUCGAAACAUGCAAACUUCGUUUAAAAACGGAGAUUUCUCUUUUUCUGUUAUUUUUAUUGAAAGCGAUCCUAGUCAAGUUUUUCCUAAAAUUACGUUAGGAAUUUUAGAGAUAAUUGUUGUAAAAGUACAGUAUAUCAUUCAUUUAUUGUAUGUAGGUACUAAUAAAUGUUAAAAUUUAAGCUAAAGUUAAAUAUAUGUUACAAACUAUAAUUUGUUAUAGAUUAGGAUCGCAUGCCCCAUUAAAAUUAAGAUUAUACGUAUACAUUACUUAUGUAACUAUUUAUUUCUAAAUCAAUGUCUACCUAAAAUGUUAACUUUUACUUAGCUAGGAUAGGUAUCUGAAACAUUUCUAAUUUUAGGGUCGAUUUUUCAGUAAUCAGUUACCUAAUUCUAAACCGUAGAAUAAAAUUGACAUUUGACAGUUUUUAGUCUGGAAUAAUUGUCAAAUAUUCAAAGUUUCAUCAGUUAAAAUUAAUAUGGUUGGAAAAAUGGGUUCUUAAUCUGGUAAUAAACUGUCUACUAAGACCGAAUCAUUCCAUUGCUUUAUUUUAAAAGAAGAAAAAAUUUACUUAAUUUAAAUCGACUAAGUAGUUAUAAGAGCCUGUCGGGACAGUGACACAGAAUGCGCACGUUCGUUAUUUCGCGAUGUGGGCUACUGUAUUUUACCACCACCAGAUGGAGCUAGUGUGUAACUCUUGUUUCGUCCAAUAGGGAAUUAGUGUCACAUCAUUAGAUGUUCACUAUUUGUCAGCUACAGUGAUUGCAUAAAACUUCUUGCUACGGUGACCAAAAAAACGCUAGCCUCCGUUCUAUAACACAUUGAGUCUGUUCACGCAUCAACCGCGUAAUCAUGUGAACUGGUGUCACCGACGGCUGAGGCGCGGGCGCGGGGUAGAAGACCUGUGCGCGGGAGUGGCGAGCAGCCCUGGUGGGGCCACUUCACCAGCAGUCGGCUUGACCAACACUUGUGUCCUUACUAACGUUAACGUCUCUGUAUUGCUACUUUCUUUUUGUUACUUUGUUAUAUAAGUUUAAACCUAAAAUACAGUCCACGUUAUUUCUGGAUCUCCCUGAGCUCCUGAACAGGGACUUAUGAAAGUGUCCGCAUAGGUGAUCAAAAUUUGCGCGAAAACCGUGACACUGAGAAAUAAAUCUACGUAAUUUUUUUUCGCUGGACGGACAGGCUCUAUAAUAGUUGCUGACGUCUCUUAUUCUUAUUAGAUUAUAAUAUGUUAUCUAGUUAAGUAAAAUUUCUUAUAUAAGUACCGUACCUAUCAUUUAUUUUAAAAUAUUUUGUACCAACCUAAGUUAAAGUGAUAUUUGAUUGUACCUACACUAUAUUUUACAGAAAUUAAACUACAUAAUAAUAUCGUUAUUGCUAUCAUUGACAUUACAAACACAUCAAUGACACCAGCCCUUUACCUACACUAUUUUAAUACUAUUCAUCUAAUUCGUUGCCAUAAGAAGGUAACAGACAAAGUUCCUUCGACCCUUGAAAGAAACAAUUCUUAAUAUAAGGCCAAAUUCUCCCAACCCAAUAAAUAAAACUAUUGGUGCCAAAUGUAACAGUGAAUGAGUAAGUUACAAUAUAACCGUCCUUU